CCUGAACUGACAUUCAUCAGAACAACCACGGAUACCAUCAUGCAGAAUCCAUCUUGUUUACUAUAUGGCCCUGGGGAUGUCCGCUUUGAAGACCGGCCUAUGCCUCAAAUCGAGGAUCCUUACGAUGUAAUUAUUCGCAUCGCCUACGUGGGGGUCUGUGGAAGUGACGUUCACUUUUGGCUUCACGGUGGCGUCAAGAAUCUGGUCUCCCAAGAGAGACCCCUCGUCAUGGGCCAUGAAGCCUCGGGCAUCGUCCAUGCAGUAGGACCAGCAGUAAAAGGCCUGCAACCAGGCGACUCUAUCGCCAUCGAACCCGGCUCAGCUUGUCGUCUCUGCAGUCGCUGCAAAGCAGGUCAAUACAAUUUAUGUCCGCAGAUGCAGUUUGCGGCGAACCCGCCCUACACUCAUGGAACGCUGGCAAAAUACUACAAGAUGCCCGCGGAUUGCUGCUACAAGAUCCCGACCAACCUGGAGAAGCCAUUCGGCCUCGACGAAGCAGUGUUGAUUGAGCCACUGGCUGUCGCAGUGCAUUCGGUACGACAAGUUGGAGUUCAGCCUGGCGACAAAGUUGUCAUUUUCGGAGCUGGAACUAUAGGACUUUUGUGUGCGGCGGUUGCUCGAGAAUACGGUGCAAGCUUGAUUACAUCGGUGGAUAUCAGUCGCAAAAAGCUGGAUUUUGCGCAGUCAUUCGUUUCCGAUGGACGCGUUAAAUUUGCGACUGUCAUUCCGGACAGUUCCCUUCCCGCAGAGGAGAAUGCGGAACAUCUCCGAGCUACGGAGCAGAGUUCCCUCUCAGACGCGGAUGUGCCUGGCUUUGACGUUGCAAUUGAAGCUACCGGGGCUGGACCUUGCAUUCAAAUGGCCAUUCAUGCCUUGAGGGUAGGAGGUUCCUUCGUGCAGACUGGCCUCGGUAAUCCGAAUGUCAAUUUUCCUAUUACGGUAGUCUCCAUGAACGAGAUCACCGUCAAGGGGUGUUUCCGAUACGGCCCUGGAGAUUACAAGAUGGCCUUGGAACUGGCGCUAAUGGGGAAAAUUGAUCUCCGGUCGCUUAUUACGAAGGUGCUUCCCUUUGAAAAAGUGACCGAGGCAUGGGAGACGACGAGGAGGGGCGAGGGUAUCAAGACGUUGAUUCGGGGAGUGGACUUUUCAUAG